AUGCAUAGAACAUACUCUUUAAGAAAUUCGAGAGCUCCCACGGCGUCGCAAUUACAAAAUCCCCCACCUCCACCUUCUUCAACAAAAGGUAGGUUUUUCGGGAAAGGUGGUUUGGCUUAUACUUUUCGUCGUAAUGCAGCAGGUGCGUUUGGGCCAGAAUUAGCAAGAAAAUUAUCACAAUUAGUUAAAAUUGAAAAAAACGUUUUGAGAUCAAUGGAAGUUACAGCAAACGAAAGACGUGAAGCUGCAAAACAAUUAUCUGUUUGGGGUUUAGAAAAUGACGAUGAUGUUUCGGAUAUUACAGAUAAAUUAGGUGUUUUGAUUUACGAAGUUAGUGAAUUGGACGACCAAUUCAUUGACAGGUAUGAUCAAUACAGACUUACUUUAAAAUCUGUUAGAGAUAUUGAAGGGUCUGUCCAACCUUCAAGAGAUCGUAAAGAUAAGAUUACCGAUAAGAUUGCUUAUUUGAAAUAUAAAGAUCCUUCAUCACCAAAAAUUGAAGUUCUUGAACAAGAAUUGGUUAGAGCAGAAGCAGAAUCAUUAGUAGCAGAAGCUCAAUUAUCAAAUAUUACAAGAUCAAAAUUAAGAGCUGCAUUUAACUAUCAAUUCGAUUCAAUUAUUGAACAUUCCGAAAAAAUUGCCUUGAUUGCAGGUUACGGUAAAGCUUUGUUAGAAUUAUUGGAUGAUGCACCUGUGACACCAGGUGAAACAAGACCCGCUUAUGAUGGUUAUGAAGCUUCAAAACAAAUUAUUAUCGAUUGUGAAUCGGCUCUAAAUGAAUGGACUUUGGAUUCUGCUCAAGUGAAACCAACUUUAAGUUUCAAACAGGAUUACGAAGAUUACGAAACUGACGAUUCUGAUCAAGAAGUAGCUCAACAUGAACAAGAUGAAGAAAGAUGGACAGAUGAAGAAGAAGAAGAACCUGUUGAAGAAGAAGUCGAAGGAGAAGUCGAGGAAGAAGAAGAACCUGUUGAUGAACAACAAGCUGAACCAGCUACUGUAGCUUAA